AUGAAUUUUAAAGUAAAUAGUAAAAGACUAUUUAACAAAAGUAUAGUAAAAAGAGGAUAUUCUACAAGUAGUUCUUCAAAUAGUACUAUAAUGUCUGAAAGACUAGAAACAAUUAUUAAUGAGUUAGGUUUAAACCUUGUGUAUUGCUAUGAAAAUUUAAAUUUAGAAGAAACUAGAAAACAAAUAUUAAAUGAUACAAGAGGUUUAAGUGGUGUAUAUAUGAUAAUUAAUAAAACAACUAAAGAUUAUUAUAUAGGUUCUGCCUCAACUGGUAGAUUUUAUGCUAGAUUCUGCAACCAUGUUAUUUAUUUUAGGGGUAGCAAAAUAGUUAAAUUAGCCAUUAAAAAGUAUGAUUUGAAAAAUUUUGCUUUUGUUGUAUUAGAUUUAUAUCCUAAUAUUGUUACCAAAGAAAAUAACCAUGAAUUGUUGCGUUUAGAAGAUAAAUACUUAAAAUUAUUAGUACCUAAUUACAAUAUUUUAACAGAAGCAGGUUCUAGUUUCGGAUAUAAACACACUGAAAUUGAUCGUCAAAAGAUGAAAGAUAUUUAUAGUGAUGCGAGACGGGAACAAAUAGGUAAAUUAAAUAAAGGUAAAAAUUUGUCUCAUGAAACAAUAGAAAGAAUUAGAGAAAAAGCUUUACUUAAACCUCCUAUGUCAGAUGAAACUAAGAAAAAGUGUAUAGUUAACACAAGACCUGUUGUGUUGUACAACUUAGAUAGAAUUAUUUACGGUCAAUAUACUACUAUUUUAGAAGCAGCUAAAGCUAUUAACUGUAAUGAAAAAACCAUUAGGAGAGCAUUACAGACAGAAAAGAAAUUGGUAAAAAGACAAUGA